AAAAAAAAAAAAAAAAAAAAAGAAAAUCAGAGCUAGCUCUUGUUUGACAGGAGCCAUACAUCCAACGUUACAUUAAAAUGGACUCUCCACGCUGGUUGCCUCUGGAGUCGAACCCAGAAGUAAUGACUAAGUUUGUCAGUUGUUUGGGGAUGAAGUCAACCUGGCAGUUUGGGGAUGUGUAUGGACUAGACCCAGAGCUCCUCAGCAUAGUACCAAGACCUGUGUGUGCAGUGCUGCUCCUCUUCCCGGUCACAGAGAAGUAUGAAGCCUUCAAGCAGGAAGAGGAAGAGAGACUCAAGCACAAGCCACAGAAAGUUUCUCCUGAUGUCUACUUCAUCAAGCAAACUAUUGGAAAUGCUUGUGGAACAAUAGGAUUAAUUCAUGCAGUGGCAAACAACCAGGCACACCUGGAAUUUGAGCAUGAUUCUCCUCUAAGGAAGUUUCUGGAACAAACAUCCAAAAUGACCCCAGAAGAAAGAGCCACCUUCCUGGAAAAAGAUGAGAGUAUACGUGUUACGCAUGAAUCCAGUGCACAGGAGGGUCAGACUGAGGCUCCGAGUUUAGAUGAAAAAGUGAAUCUGCAUUUUAUAGCUUUUGUCAAUGUUGAAGGACACUUAUAUGAACUGGAUGGCCGGAAGCCUUUUCCUAUUGUCCAUGGAAAAACUUCAGAAGAUACUUUCCUUGAGGACGCUGUAGAGGUUUGUAAGAGCUUCAUGGCUCGUGAUCCUCAGGAGGUUCGUUUCACCAUUAUUGCCCUCUCCAAAGAUUCAUACUGAGGAAACUCCUUUGUUAUCCCAGAAAGCAAACAAACGAUUACUGCCAAAUAUUCUUAAGUGCUGAUUUUAUUGGAUUGUUUUGUUUUUUUUUUUUGUUUUUUUUUUCAAAACAUUACCGCAAAUGAUCUACAUAAAUUUUUUUUUUGGGGGGGAGUUAAAUGAAUUCUGAUGGAAUCCAGGCGUUCUUGUUUAAUUACCACUAUUUUUUGUUAAGAUCAAAGUUAUCCACCUGCCUCCUAAUCAAACAUCUGUAACUGCAAUACAAAUAUCAAGUAUAUUACCUUGACACUGCACAGUGGUUUGCAUACAAACUGGGUUUGGUUCUAAAUUAAGAAGGAAAUUUUACAUCCCAGGGGGUACUCCAUCUAUGCUACAUGGAGUUUGAUGCUAAAAACCUGCUGUACUCAUUUGCUUUUAAUGAUCUGUCCACCCACGAGGUGUAGGUGAGCUGAACAUGUUUGCAAGGCUUUUGUUUCAUUCUUAGCUUUGGAAACCCAAUAUUGAAUGCAGUACUUGUGUUGUGAAAGGCUUAUUUGAAAAUGCAUCUCCUUUACUGUAAGUGAGGUUAAUUAAACAUGCAGACUGUAAAUCCACGAGGAAGGUGCCUAUGUUUUUUUGUAAUUUGAACUUCUGCUAAAUAAAGGGCAAAUUUGUUGAA